GGGGAGAAACUGCAAUUUGUGCUGCGGCGUCUGGACAAGUACCUAGGGUACUUGACUCUGGAAUUUGAGGUGAAGCUGGAAGCCUUGUCGGCGGUGAACAAGACUGACUUGUCUCGCAACCCUAUCUGAGUCCUCGCUGGCCUCAUCAAAAAAGUCAAUGCGAGGGAUCCCAAGUCUCCCCUCAGCUUUGCAAGGUUACAGCUAGGUCACUAUGAAAGCUUCAGCAGCCCUCAGAAGCCUGCGCCUCAGGCAAGCGAGGCUGACACUCAGCAAGCAGACCAUUCGGCCAUUCUCGUCGUCGCCCCUUCGUCAUGCAGACCCCUCCAGCUCCUCAGAUGCCGAGGGCCUCAACAGAGUCUCGCGCCAUGUCACCCAACCCAAAUCCCAGGGCGCAUCACAGGCCAUGCUCUACGCGACCGGCAUGACCGAAGCAGAUAUGAACAAAGCAGAAGUGGGAAUUUCGUCCGUCUGGUACAGUGGGAAUCCGUGCAAUAUGCAUUUACUGGACCUGUCCAACGUGGUGAAAAAAGGCGUCGCGGACGCAGGACUCCAACCCAUGCAGUUCAACACGAUCGGCGUGUCAGACGCGAUAUCAAUGGGUACGACCGGCAUGCGCUACAGUCUACAAUCAAGAGAGAUCAUUGCCGAUUCGAUAGAGACGGUCAUGGAGGGUCAGUGGUAUGAUGCAAACAUCUCCAUUCCUGGGUGCGACAAGAACAUGCCUGGUGUGGUUAUGGCCAUGGGCAGAGUGAAUCGCCCGUCCAUCAUGGUGUACGGCGGAUCCAUUGCCCCUGGAUGUGCGCGGACGCAGAAUAACGCGGACAUUGACGUCGUCUCGGCGUUUCAGGCUUACGGUCAGUUCAUCGCGGGCGAAAUCAACGAAGAACAGCGCUUCGACAUCAUCCGCCAUGCUAUUCCGGCUUGCGGGGCAUGCGGUGGUAUGUACACUGCCAACACUAUGGCUUCGGCUAUCGAGACCCUAGGCAUGACAUUGCCUGGGAGCGCAUCCAAUCCGGCAGUCUCCCAGGAGAAACAAUUGGAGUGUCUAGCCGCCGGAGGUGCUAUUAAGAAUCUGCUCAAACUCGACCUGAAGCCCCGCGACAUCAUGACCCGUGAGGCCUUUGAAGAUGCCAUGGUGGUGGUGAUGAUCACCGGUGGUUCGACCAACGCAGUGCUGCAUCUGAUUGCCAUGGCCGAUGCGGUCGGCAUCAAGCUCACCAUUGACGACUUCCAGGCGGUUAGCGACAGGACUCCAUUCCUCGCGGACCUCAAGCCCAGCGGGAAAUAUGUCUUCAAUGACCUCCACGCUAUCGGUGGCAUUCCAACCCUUUUAAAAUUACUUAUUAAAGAAGGCGUUGUCAAGGGGAAACAUACGACCGUGACGGGCCAGACACUCGCCAAGAACGUCGAAUCCGCGGCCGACUUCCCGACAGAUCAAGUCAUCAUCAAGCCAUUUUCUCAGCCAAUCAAGAAGACUGGACACAUUCAGAUCCUGCGAGGCAGUCUCGCGCCGGGCGGCUCCGUGGGCAAAAUCACCGGCAAAGAAGGGUUGCGCUUCCAGGGCAAAGCAAAGGUCUACGACGCAGAGGACUUGUUCAUCCAGGCUCUCGAACGGGGCGAGAUCAAAAAGGGCGAGAAAACCGUGGUGGUCAUCCGGUACGAGGGCCCCAAGGGCGGACCGGGCAUGCCUGAAAUGCUGAAGCCCAGUUCGGCCAUCAUGGGCGCGGGCUUGGGCAAGGACGUCGCCCUGAUCACCGACGGGAGGUUCAGCGGAGGCUCGCACGGGUUUCUGAUCGGCCACAUCGUCCCCGAGGCGAUGGAAGGCGGGCCGAUCGGCUUGGUGAGGGACGGAGACGAGAUCGUGAUUGACGCGGAGAGCCGGACGCUCGAUCUGGUGGUGGACGAGGCGACGUUGGAGAAGAGAAGGGAGGAAUGGAACGCGAACAAGCCAGAGCCCCGGUACAGGCGGGGCGUCUUGGCCAAAUACGCCAAACUGGUCAGUGACGCGAGCCACGGGUGUAUCACCGAUAAGGAGGAUGUGUUGGAUAUACACGCAUGAGAGAUGUGCGGCGGAUGGUAUUGUCUCUUUUGAUUGGAGCUGGCUGACAUUGACAUUGACACGCUCUAUACGUAGAGCUGGGGAGGAUUAAUACAAAAGAAUUUCAACCACUUUUUGGCCAAACCGCCGAUCACGAGAUUUAUUGUUGGAAAAGAAAAGACCGCUCGAUUAGAUCCAAACUGCUCUGGAAAAAGGGAGGUAGGCAAC